AUCACAGACAGCCACUGCGAGCACAACACACACUCACACACGUACUCCCUCUCUUCCUCACACACCAACACACACACUCAGCAGAAGACAGCGCAGCACGGACCAUGGCUGCUACACUGCUCCAGGAGGAGCCUCGGCUGGGCGGCACUCCGCUGGCCAUGCUGGCCGCCACCUGCAGCAGGAUCGGUGAGGCCGGACCCUCCUGCUCCCCUGCUCUCUCCGACGGAACCACGGGACUCGCAAAGGGCUUCCACUCGUGGAGGGGCGGCGCCCCGGGCACCAGCGGCCUGGGCAUGUGCCUCACGUCGCUUGGGGUUCCCUCUGGGACACCCAGGAGCGGCGGGCCCGGACUGACAGAGACCUCCAGCGCUUUUUCAGUGACCACUGCCAACUCUCCUUUUGGAAACGAUUUUUCGAUGUACCAGACCACCGUGCCGUCAGACAGCAAUGUACACGAUCCCACUCAUGCGCAGCGGUCUGUGUUUCUCACCAAGUUCCCCUCUUCGGUGGAAGGUAUAGCGGGGAUAUAUCCCAGGAUGCACGCACAUCCCUAUGAGUCGUGGUUCAAACCGAUGGGAGAAGUCGGUAGCGGAUCCUCUGCAUGGUGGGACAUGGGCACCGGCUGGGUGGACGCACAGCCCCCUGCCCGGUUACCCUCACCUCUGGGCGGCUACAGCACUGACUACAGCUUCAGCCCCGGUGCGCCUCAGCACAUGCUCCCUACCUCUCAGAACCUGUUUGACGGAUUCAGGCCUCCAGUUCAUGGUUCCUACACCGAGUCCACGGCCACAGGGGCGUUAACUGGAUCACCUGUCGUGUCUCUGCCCGCGUCCUCCCGCUCCUCCUCACGGCGCUACUCCGGCAGAGCCACGUGUGACUGCCCGAACUGUCACGAGGCGGAGAGCCUGGGUCAGGGGGGCUCGAGCCCGCGACGGAGGGCCCUGCACAACUGUCACAUCCCAGGCUGUGGCAAAGUCUACGGCAAGACCUCCCACCUGAAGGCCCACCUGCGCUGGCACACCGGGGAGAGGCCGUUCGUCUGCAACUGGCUCUUCUGCGGGAAACGCUUCACGCGCUCCGACGAGCUCCAGCGGCAUUUGCGCACGCACACCGGGGAGAAGAGGUUCGAGUGCUCAGUUUGCCGCAAACGGUUCAUGCGCUCCGACCACUUGAGCAAACACGUCAGGACGCACAGCGCAGACGGCUCGGAGGAAGGCUGCGACGCGGGACUCGGUAAAGCGAACAGCGACACGGACACCAGCCUGUCCGGGAGCCCGAGCCAGUCCCCCGGGCUGCCCGCGCGUGAGACUGUCCCCCCCGGUGAGGGACAGAGGGCGGUGGAAUAAAUCCCACAAAUACAAACGCAUAGAGCGUGAUUUCCCGAACACUUACAAACUGAAAUGGCACUUUAUCAUGAACUUCAGCUGUGGAUAAACACUGUCUUUACCUCAAUUAUCAUAUUUGUAGCCUUCUUUGCAAAAUAAAUUUUUACCAAACAGUUUAUAAAUGUUGUAUUAUUUGAAGAUUUGUUAUGUCUUAUUUAUUCUGCAGUUAUUCUCAGUUAGAAAUAAACAAGUAGCCUUUCACUUCGUUUUUAUUCUUGACAAUUUUUUGAAUUUCAGCUUUAAAGCCAUUACCUAAAAGGUUUUUAAAAAUAUAUAUUUCGUUGAUAUAAUUUUGUAUAACUGACCUUUGCCUGUUUGUCAUGAUUAUAACUCCUAUUGAUCAAACGGGACGUUUUUGGCAUAUAUUUACAUAUGAUGUUGGGCCUGUUGGUCAGAGGCCUGUAAUAUAACCAAAGCAUUUUUUUUAUUGUAAUUUUUAAUUAAAGAAAACUUUUUUCUGAGAUUAACAAAUCUAAAACAGUGUUUAACUAAUAUCCAUUAUCCUUCCUGACUAUUAAGGUGAAACUGUGGAGGAAUACUUGCGGCCAUUAAUCCCACUAUUAGAGAGUUUUUUCUUUUUACUUGAAAUUCUUUUAUCCAGUUUUUCUUUGAGAAAUGUUUGGCUUUGAUUGGUUGAAUUCUGGUGCAGGUUUCGACAUUAUUUACUAUUAAAUGUAGUAAAUUACAACUUUAUUUGAAGUAUAAUUCUUUUGAGUUGGUGUGUAACUGAGGCUUGUAAAAACUAAAAGUACCUGAUCAAGGUAUUGAAGUUGUUAUGGUGAUAAAGACUGACAUCAGAACUA